AUGAUAUAUCCUACAGCUGGUGCUAUCAAUGUUACGACUACAAGUUGAUGUCCUUCAGAUGCAGCACGUAGCGUCAGUGCACCCAAACACGAAUGGGAACUAGUUUAGGCGGGAAGAUGUGCAGCUGUUCGACACAGAGACCGACAAACAAUGGGUAGCUGAUGAUGCAACAACAGGUCGGUCAAGGCCAACCGAACGACUCCAAGCUGACACUGCACUGUACCAAGCCGUUGCCCAAUUUCUUCUUAUAUAACAAAAUGUAUCGGGUCCACACGCAUGAGUUCCUCCUCAGCCAUGGAUGCUCGUCUAGGAAGUUUAGGCAAUCUUGUCUGCAUUUUCCUCAUUAUUUUCGUCCUGGGUGGAGCUAACGGUGGAGUGUUUGUGCCUAUACUGCAACAAGAUCAAGAACUUAAUCCAGAUGGGUCAUACAGAUACAGCUACGCCACUGCCAACGGGAUCAUGGCGGCGGAGCAGGGGAAGCUCCAGAGACCUGGGUCUCCAGAGGAGGCUCAGACCGUGGAGGGCUCCUACACCUACCUGAACUCUGACGGGACUCUGGUGAAUGUCCGAUACACUGCCGACCACAACGGAUUCCGUGCCGUGCCCAACGUGGUCUAUCGCCCAGAGGUUCUCCAGAAGUCGUCCGCUUCUGGGACCGUGCUCUUCCAGACCUACAAUGAUCUCCGCCAGGCUCUGACUGUACGAUAGUCUUCAACAAAUGCAUCCCACCUUCACUUGAUUAGACUGACUCUUAAUAUAAUUUAGUAUUAAUGAUGUAAACCAUUGUGUUUAACUUACAUAAAGUUACAAGUUAA